AUAUUAAAGGACCAUUUUUAAUAUUACAAUAUGUCAAAUAAUUUAAUAAGUAAGAAGAGAAAGUUUGUUGCGGAUGGUGUAUUUUUUGCUGAAUUAGAUGAGCUUUUUACUCGGGAGCUUUCAGCAGAGGGUUAUUCUGGUACAGAAGUUCGUGUAACACCUAAUCGAACAGAAAUUAUUAUUCGUGCAACACAUACACAAGAAGUUCUUGGGGAAAAGGGAAGACGUAUCCGUGAAUUAACAUCGCUUAUUCAAAAGCGAUUUAAAUUUCCAGAUGGGACAGUUGAGCUUUAUGCUGAAAAAGUACAAAAUAGAGGUCUUUGUGCUGUUGCACAAUGUGAAAGUUUAAAAUACAAAUUACUUGUUGGAUUGGCAGUUCGAAGAGCUGCCUAUGGUGUUUUAAGAUUUAUUAUGGAAUCGGGUGCAAAAGGUUGCGAAAUAGUUAUUUCUGGAAAACUUCGAGCUGCACGAGCUAAAUCAAUGAAAUUCACCGAUGGAUUUAUGAUUCAUUCCGGUCAGCCUGCACGUGACUUCAUUGACUCUGCAACACGUCAUGUUAUGUUACGACAAGGUGUUUUGGGUGUAAAAGUUAAAAUUAUGUUAAACGAAAUGAUUACUCGAAAACCACUUCCUGAUUCCGUCGUUGUUAUUGAACCUAAACCAGAAGAACAUAUUUCUCAACCAUCAAGUGAAGACUUUUCCCGUCAAUUGCCCUCUGAUUUAACACAGCAAACUCUUUAUCGUGUUCAUCCUUCUCAUUAAUCUUUUCGUCCUUAAUCUUUCUUUAUUUCUUCUUAAUAAUACUUAU